GUCGCACGGAGAGGCGAUCGGGGCGGCAAGAAGGGCCAGACGACAGAGAAGGCUCCAGCGGCUACUGUCGAGCUUGAGCAGGUCCUCCAGAAGCGGGCAGACGGCCGGUCGAAGUGGCUCGCCAAGGCCUUGAUCCAGGCAUCCGACGGGCGAAUGGAUGCGCAGAGCCUCUAUAGCGUGGUGGCGCACAAUCGCUUCAUAGAAGACUUGACGGAGAAGACCGGCAACAAAAUGUACCGGGCCCUGCACGCCAAUCUCCAUGUCUUCUCGUCGAAGCAGCGGCGGUUCUUGGAGAAGGACUGUGCCCUGGCGAAGAAGUAUGGGAAGACUGCUUUCGCGGGCGUGCAGAAGGAUGCCCUGGAUGAAGACAGCAAGCAGGAGCAGGCUGCAAAUGCCAUCGAAGACAUGAUGGCGAGGUGUCGGGCCUUUGUCCGCGAGAAGCAGUCU